AGCAAUUCGCAUGCGGAUCCAUACGAUGGGUAGCAGCGGGGCACACUGCGAAAUGAGGUGAAGCAUAAGCGGCAGCGAAGCGGAGGGUGGCAGCCGGACAAAUGGCGGACACGGAUGCUUGUGACGUCGGGCCGUGAGGGCAGCGAAGAGCGAGAUUGUGGCAGCGAAGAGCGAGAACAUGUACGCAGGCCAUGUCUUAUUCCUGGCCUGAGCAUUUCCCACCCCUUCCUCGUCCCUUUUUGGCACAAAUCCGGCCUCCGUCAUGCGCAGCACGCUCUUGUUCCUGGGUGCAACUUUGACGUAUCUCUUCGGCGCUGGAAGCGCCAACCACGUCACCUGUUCUUGGACAGGUCCCGGGCCCGGCAGCCCCGACACGCUCGGAUACAAGCGGUUCUGUUCCGCCAACUUGAAGCUUCAGGACUCCGAGCAUGGUCAAUACUGGUGCGAUUCGCCGGGAGGAGGCCGCGUCAUGGUGGCUGAUUGGGGAUAUCUCCGGCCAAGGACGCUAGAGCUGGCGACGCCAUGUAAUGGCGGCGGCUACGCUCCUGACUGCUCGCUGUCUCACUGGGCGGUCUGUCCAAAUAAUGGAGCGGCCGUGGUUGGGUGGAAUUGCUACUACUGGUCAGAAUGGGAUGACUGCGAGUGGCCAAAGCUUUUCGCACCCGAGAACGUGCCAAAAGUGCUCGACAUCUACAGCCAGUGACGCACGACAUGGGCGGGAUCCGGCGGGGAACGGCGGCGGCGGUCUUGAGAAGUGGGCGGCGGGCAUCGUAGGG